AGCGUGUGGCCCUUGCUGCGCCCCUUUUACUCGGAAUGACUCAAGACAACAGACGGCCCACGGGCACACGGAGAGAGCGAGGGGGAAGAGAGAGAGAGCGCCUUGUGUUGUACGCGAAACACCGCGCCGUGGAAGUCGCAACGCAGCCGAGUCGUCUCGUCGAUCAAAACGAACCACGCGUCCCGUCCGUACAGUGGACGAGGCGCGAGGGGCCUAGGACGACCUGCGGCGGCGCAGGGAGCUCGAGCGUCCUCGCUCUGGGGUCAUGACGGAAGGAGCGUGGAGCUUCGGGCCAGAGUGCUCCGGCACCGCCACGACAAUCGUCAGCGACCUCGGCGAUGGCCCCAACAACAACAGCAGCGGCGUCGGCGUCAUUCUCGGCAACUGCUCGAUGAGGCACGCGAACGUGUCGGCCGUGCUCUCGGGCGAGGAGUACAAGUACCCGCUGCUGCUCGCCAUCUACUCGGCCACCUUCGCGCUGGGCUUCGUGGGCAACUCGGUGGCGCUGUGGGACUUCCUGUGGCACCGGCGCUACCGCUCGCCCAGCUGCGUGUGCCUCAUCAACCUGGCGCUCGCCGACCUCCUCUUCGUGCUCUCGCUGCCCAUCCGCCUGUUCUACUACUCGCGGGAGGCCGACGUGGAGCUGCCCGCCACCCUCUGCCGCGUCAGCCACUACGCCUUCUACGUAAACAUGUACGGCAGCAUCUACCUGCUCGCCUGCUACAGCGGCAUGCGCUACCUGGCCGUGGCGCGCCCGAUGCGCGCCAAGGAGCUGAUCACGCUGAGGCGCGCCGUGCUCGCGUGCGCGGCCAUCUGGAUCUUCGUGCUCUCCUCGUGCGCUCCGCUGCUCGUCACACGCUCCUCCGAACAGGGCACCAAGUGCUUCGACCUGCAGAAGGGCUCCGUCUCCUUCCUCUACAAGAUGAACGCCUUCGCCGCCGUGGUGGGGUGCGCGAUGCCGUUCGCCGUCAUCCUCCUCUGCUACGCGGGCAUCUGGAGGUCGCUCGUGGGCGGCCCCGAGACGUCCGCCUCGCUGGUGUCGCCGUCUCUGCCGCCGAUGCUCCGGCUGCGCGCCAACGGAGGAGUGCGCGCGGCCAGACGCAGGCGCGCGGCGCACCUCAUGCUGGCCGUGGUGCUGGUCUUCGUCGUGUGCUUCAUCCCCUACCACGCGCUGCGCACCGCCUACCUGCACCUGCGGCUCUGGCGCGGGGGAGACUGGGUGGGGGUGCACAAGUGCCUGCUGGCCGCCGCCACGCUCACGGCGCUCAACUGCGUGCUCGACCCGCUGCUCUACUACUUCUCGGGGGAGAUUUUCCGCCGAAGGGCGCUGGCGAUGUGGGACUCCGCCGUGAGGCUGCAGUCGACGAGGAGCGGCGGCGCGGCCGGGGGCACCGCCACCAUCGUCCUGCCCAAAAACAACAACAGCAGCAACAUCAACAGGGGUGCCGCGUCCCCUGGCCGCGCGCCGUCACGCGUGGAGAAAGUGGUGACUUUGGACUGCCCCGUCUAGAGCAGAGGGGGGCGCGGACACGCUUCGGAAAUCGGGGGGAGGUGGGGGGUGUAGGUCAGUUCCAUGCCCGGCUCUAGCUCCGCUGGAAUAGCGGGGCCACGAGAGAGCUGCCGUGGCUCUGGGUCACCACUGAUGAGAGUGAACGUGGGGUGGGCCCAAGGGACUUGUCGUUGGUGCAUAGCCGAACCAGCAGCAGCACCGGCCGCUAGAGCCGGCCCAGCUACGGUUUGUUCGUCAGACUACAGGGUGGGAUGGCAUUCACAGAGUCCUCUGCCAGCCUUGUCACGGAUCUCAGGGGUUCUAUUUGUGCCACAGUUGUAUUAAACCUUACGCAACCAGCCGACUACCGACUCAGUGCUGAGCGUACUGUCGACGCGCCGCUGUGUGUAGAGAAGUUCCAUCAUCAGGAAUAAUCGGCAUGAAUGUGACGUUACUGAAGGGGGGUAAGACAAGGGCAUUCAAAUGUAUCACGUUUUCUGUGCAAAACGUUGUCGCUGCCGCUUCGAAAUAUCUAGAGACAAACUCGGGGCCCGGGAGACAUUUUCAAGUUACAUUUUUGUUUCUCCAAGUGAGAAUGCAAGAAGCCACUAGAGUCUUAGUUGCAAGUGACCACGGGCAUUGAUCUGCCGGUGUACAGCGUAGUCCAGGUGAGUUGUGACCCCCCCAUUUAAUUAUCUAAAACUCAAUAUAUAUUUUAUUAAAGUAAGUUUAACUUUAAUCAGAAAUGAAUAUGCAAAGGGAAUGUUUUUUAUAGGGCUCAAUUACUGGACAUCUAUGAAAAAGCUUUAUAGCUCAUCGGAUUUCUCCAGUAUAAAAACAUUCUGAUAAUUGUGAGUCUCAAGGCAUGUGGACCACCCUGUAUAACACACAUCGAGCCACGUACCUGGUAAUGAAUGUUGCAAAUUCUGGACCCAGGCCAUCCACAGUGGCUGUGCUCCUGGUCUAAGAGCCUUGGGGCACUUGCUGCGCUUGCCAACGUCUUGGAAUUCACACAACUGCGAUGCUCACAAACCGACCGCGGCUCGCACCACCUCCCUCCGUGCAGACGCCGAGAAUUGGGCCAUUGCGCGCCGCACGAUUGCCAAACACCCAGCCACGUGGGCCACGUGACGUAGAAGCAUCGGUAAACAUGCAAAGUCGGCAAAGGGCGUGGGGUUGCGAGAACUGCGGUUCAUGAAGAAGACCCGUUGGUAUGGUGACAACGCAGUUUGCCGCGAAAUCGGGAUCCGCAAGGGACGCUGUGGUUAAAAAAAAAAGAACUAUCUGUGUAAGAGGACUGCACGACCUCUGAGUUCCCGUAAAGUAUUUCAUGUGGUUUUACUCACUGGGUUACCCGCACAUCACUUGCAAUUCGCAAAUUUAGCUGUCGCCUGAUGAAGCUAGUUGUAAUUACUGGCGAAACGUCGUACUCAGAUUGAAAAUGUUGUGGAUUUGCUCUCCAACACACCGGUGUGCUGUACUAGUAACGAAUUGGCAUGUUCUGUUUACGUGACAAAUCUUACUAAUUGGCUGUGUCGGGUGGUAGGCGGGUUUAACGACACAUAUAUUUACACGAUCUAACCCAAAAUAACCUGUAUUAUGAAUGCGCCCUAUUGUUUUGCCAGAUUUCGGAAGCUAAUCUUGGGGUUGAGCCUGGGCAUUGCUUGGAGCAUAAACCAUCAUGCGAACUCCGGUCAUCCUCGCAGUAGCAGCGGAUUUUGGCUGGCCAUCGAACAAAGACGGUCAAUGCAUCGCGCGCUUUAAGAUGCGCUUCUGCGGCUGUCUGGAACGCUCUUCUGACAUUAGGAAGCCACUGGAGCUAUGCACUUUUAAAUCUAGAUUGAAAACUAAUUUCUUUAGAGCUCAUUGUUGUGUUUAGUUUGUUGUCCUUCUCCCGCACCUCCUAUUAGAACGGUUGGCUACGUACGGUGCAAAAGAAGUUCAACACACACACAUACAUACCACAAGUGGUUUAUAGCCUGUGGGAUUACAAGGUGGACAGCAGAGGACAAUGGAGCAAAGUCUAUCGUUGUACUGUAUUUAUAUGUUCCCAUGGUCUAUGCUCCCUGCCAUCACCAAUCGGCACUAUCGUGGUGAAGUAUGAGUAAAAAUAAAAAUCCACAGGACACGCACGGUAUGGGGGACGCCAUCAUCCAGCAGUGGAUCGACACAUGGGCUGUUACAUCUACAUGUGCAUUAGUCACUGGUUAUGUUAUAAAUGUAUCAUAAUGAGCAAGAUUUAUAUUUAUAGCAGAGAUAAUAUUGGCUAUGUAGCAAUAGAUAAAUAAUUAAGCAACGGAUUAACACUUGGUAAACGAUGCAUUGGCAAAGCAUCCCAACGCAACACCCUUCUGACGGAAUGUUUUCAAACUCAGCGAGGCUUUCCUGGAAACAUUCAACAUAGCUGCGAUUAUUGUAAAUCGCAACACCCACUUGUCAGUGAGACUAUUUACCCACCGCGUGUCUUUUGGGAGGUCACAAAGCACGACUCCCGCAGCCCACGCGACCUUUCAUUGCAUCGAGCAAAUAAACCCCGGCCGGUGCAGCGUAAAAGAGAAACUCAAUCAGAAUGUAAACUUUAUAGUGGCCGAACGGGAACAUGAAAGCGCGUUGUGAACCUUGUGCUGCUCUGGUGAUCUUUACUCCCCCAAAUUCCAAGAUUCGUAAUCACUUGAACCGUUGGGGUUUGUCUUAACCAACACAUUAUAUAAGAUAAGAUGGAAACAGCAGGAGGAGGAUUUUUCCACAACUGUUGGUUGUAAUUGCUGCCGAAACGUCAUGAUACUCGAAUUGUAAACGUUGUGGGUUUACUCUCCAACACACCGGUGUGCUGUAUGAGUAACAAAUUGGCAUGUUUUCUUUACGUGGCAAACCUUACUGAUUCCCUGUGUCUGGUGGUGGCGGGUUUAACGACACAUUUACACUUACGCGCUCUAACCCAAAAACCUCUAUUGUGGACAAUAUUGUUGUCAGUAUUGUCAUUCAUGCUUUGGAGUUAAUACCGCCUCUUUAUGCAUUGACGUAGGGUUGUUUACAUGUUGAUGGUGCAACGGUUCAACUUUGUAAUGUCUUGUUCACGCUCCCUCUAGUGGUAAUUGUUUGGCCUUCUCUUCCACGCUGGCCAAACGUCUCGGAAGUGGCUCGGGAGCAUACACAUUUUAAUCCAUUUAUGAUGCCGAUGCGUGUGGAGUAACCAUAGCUUAAUUUCAAGCCCGGUGUGUGCACGGUUAGCGACCCGGAACACCACAUCCAAAGUACCUCUCGCUCCACCAGCCCUUGGGGAGUGUACUCAUUUCAAAACAUUCAAAGUGGGACGGUGCAUUCUGCUGUGUGGGUUUGCGUGGUCCUGCUGUUAGCUCUCUCAGAUGUUUGUGGGGCGUAACCACGCAUUGUCCGUCUAUUUGUACGUAAGUUGAGCUUAUUUUGCACCGUACGUAGCAAACCGUGCAAAUCGGAAGUGCAGGGUGAAGGACAACAAACUGAAUGCAAAAAAACAUUUCUAAAGAAAUUAGUUUUCAAUCGAGAUGAUUUAAAAGUGCAUAGCUCCAGUGGCUUCCUAAUAUCGGACGGAAGAGCGUUCCAGGUGGCCACAGAAGCACAUCUGAAAGCGCGAUGCAGUGACCAUCUUUGUUCGAUGGUCAGCCAAAAGCCGCUGCUGCGAGGGUGAUCGGAGUUCGUGUGAUGGUUUAUGCUUUUUGACGAGAUCAUCAAGGUAUUGUGGUUAAUUUGUGACAAGCACCUUGUGUGUAAUGAGUGAAAACUAAUGGCCGACAUUUCUCUGCACCCGCUGGAAGCUUCUUUAGAUAAUCAAUUAUCUAUGUUCACCAUCAUCAGCCAAUAUCUAUACACUGCUGGAUGAAGGCCACCCGAAGCCGUUGUGGUCUUGGCGAUGCAACAAUUCAGAGUUCCUUGCACCUGACGUUCUGUUGAGCAUGAGCUCUCAUCUGUUGACAAUGUUUGUCAGAAUCAUUUUUGUUCCCGCAAUUUACACGACUACGCAAAUAGUGUAUAAUGCAAGGCGUAUAAUUUGCACGGCAUUGGAUGGAACGUGCAUAUUUCUCGUACAUAACUGUAUUCACUGCAUUGCAGUACUGUCAUGCAAUGUGUUGCAAUAACCGGAGACAGAAGCAGGAAACCACAACCAUAUUCCUCACCACUCAGUUGACUGUAUCAGUUGCGAUAGCUUUGUAUUGUCCCAAGCAAGGCUGGAUUAUGGACCUGGGCCAGUGCCCCGGGGCCUCGGACUGCCAGGGGGCCUCCAAGCCACAGGCCGCUCACGAUGCAUGGCCCAAGACUUCCGAAGGAAGUUGAACGCCAGGGCCCUCAGUACGCACAGCGCAAGCUGACCACUCAGCCCCCAUGGUGUUUAUAGCGUGAGCUAAUCACUAGGGCCCCCUAGCACUUACAAUGUGAGGGCCCCCAGACCCCUUGGUGUUUAAAACGUGAGCUGACCACUACUGCCCCCCAGACCGCUCUGCGCUUACAAUGUGAGGGCCCCCAAACCCCUUGGUAUUUAAAACGUAAGCUGACCAUUAGGUUCCCUGGGCCCCUCAGCGCUUACAGUGUUAGGGCCCUCAGGCCCCUCGGUGCUUAAAGCCUGAGCUGACCACUAUGGCCCCCAGGCCCCGCAGUGCUUACAAUGUGAGGCUCCUCGGUGCUUAAAGCAUGAGCUGACCACUAGAGCCCCUGGGUGUUUACAGUGUGAGUUGACCACUAGAGCCUCCAGGCCCCUCGGUGCCUACGUCGAGCGUAACGCCUGGGCCCCUUGGUACAUACAGUGCAUGUGUAGUGGGUUGAAUAACUAGAAGAAGGCUUCUCUUGAGGCAACACAGAUUUUAUUUGACAAUUAGCACUUAACACAGAGAGGUAACGGCCCCUCACACCCGGUACACUAUGGAGGUUACUCUCCAGACUGCUACGCCUCUCACUGGCUAAUCUAAAAGUCCUCCGUGAGUGAAGCUUGAGUCUUCACUGGUAUAUAAGCUGGAGCCGACCCUUGCCAGGGGUACGGCUCUGCCCUCUGGCUCUUCAGUCUUUAGGCUUCUUGUCUUCAGCUGGACGACGACUGCCAGGAUCGUCCAGAGGUCCUGCUUUUAUACAGAGCCGUGGCUCGCUCCUCCCUGGCCAUGCCUUCCUUCUCGAACCUUCGAGAAGCAUCUGGAGAUGAUGUCAUCCCCCAGCACCUCUCCUGGGGUCAGGGGUCUGCCCCUUUUACAUACUGUUCCAUAGGAUAACCGUUGGACCCUAUGGCGCAGGGACUCUCAGCACUGGGCUCAGCCCAUCUGUUGCCCCCUAUUGGCAUGAAGGCCGGUAUUGCCGGCAACCGCAUGGGAACGGCGCAUAUUGGCCCAAUAACACCAUUACAUCACCCCCCCCCCCCCUAUUCGUAGCACUCAGCCGU